AUUACAAACAGUGGAUUAAAUAUAUGAAAACAGCCUUGGAAAAAAAGGAAAAAAUAAAGUAUAAAAAAAAAAAAAGAUUCAGGAAAUUGGAGGUUAAAGCUCUGUUUUAUCACAAAUCUCUGAAUAUAUUAUAAUUCUGCUGUUAUUAAUUGUAUUUUUGAAGUACUGCUGCUACAGAUUUUGAAAACAAAUGUGGCACAAAUAUUUAUCACCAUAAGUUUUGUCCCUCCAGAGUAAAACAGUUCCCUCCAUCUCCAGUGAAAGUGACUUAUAGCUGCAGACACAGUGGGAAGGUGGUGGUGUUUGAUCGGGUGGGCAUCACUAUACCAGCAUCUGUGUGCGAGCAAGGAUCAGAAAAUUACGCCAUCGGAAGAUAAUUAUGAGAUAUGAUACUCAGGAGAAGUCUCUUCUUGCUGCUCUUAUCAUUUAAUAUCCUCCACGCAUUAACUCAAGAUGGUGAGCAGGAGGACGAGACAUCGUUCGACUUGUUUGAAAUCUCCCACAUCACUCGCAAGACUCUUGGGGCCAAACAGUUCCGGGGCCAAAACUCAGAUGCCCCCGCUUACCGCUUCAUCCGCUUCGACCACCUGCCCCCAGUGAGCCCCCCCAUACUAAAACAAAUACUAAGUCAGAUCCAAAACAAUGAGGGCUUUGUGUUUGUGGCCAGCAUGCGACAGGACCGCUCCUCACGGGGCACCCUGAUUGGUGUGGAGGGCCCCAAUGGCCAGCGGCAGUUUGAAAUUGUGUCCAACGGACGGGCCAACUCUCUGGACCUGGUAUACUGGGUGGACGGCUCCCAGAACGUGGUUUCAUUCGAGGACGUGGACCUGUCUGACUCGCAGUGGAAGAAUAUCACGCUUCAUGUUCACGGGGAAAACGCAAACCUGUAUGUGGGCUGCAGCCUGAUGGACGGCUUCACCCUGGAUGAGCCUUUCUACGAGCACCUGCGGGCUGAGGGGAGCCGCAUGUAUGUUGCGAAGGGAUCCAUCCGGGAGAACCACUUCAGGGGCCUUCUGCAGAACGUGCGUUUCAUCUUCGACACCACAGUGGAAGACGUCCUGCUAAGCAGAGACUGCGACGUGCCUACACCAGAUAAUGCUAAUAUUGUGAGCGAGAGCGCAGAAAUUGUGGAUGUGAGUCCUUCCAUCACCACAAACAUUAUCGGUCAGAAGACAGACGAUGUGGGCGCAGAUAUGUGCGAGCGCUCCUGCGAGGAACUUAGCACGAUGUUCCAGGAGCUCAACGGCCUACGUGUUGUCGUCAGCAACCUUAUUGAUGGCCUGCAAAAAGUGACAGAGGAGAACACAGUCAUGAAGGAGGCCCUUGGGAGGAUGAAGAACACUUCAGAGAAAAACAUGUGCUGGCAGGAUGGCCGCCUGUUCGACGAUAAGGAAGACUGGGUUGUAGACAGCUGCACCAAAUGCACCUGCCAGGAGUCCAAGAUCGUGUGUCACCAAAUUACAUGCUCCGCAGUGGCCUGUGCCAGCCCGUCAUUUAUCGACGGCGAGUGCUGCCCCGUUUGUAUGUCUCACGACAGAGAUGAUGGCUGGUCCCCCUGGUCAGAGUGGUCAGAGUGGACCGAGUGCACGGUCACCUGUGGGACAGGAACUCAACAGAGGGGUCGGUCAUGUGAUGCAACCAGCAACCCCUGCACCGGACCUGCUAUCCAGACCCGCAAGUGCAGCCUGGGCAAAUGCGACAGCCGUGUUCGCCAGGAUGGAGGGUGGAGUUUGUGGUCGCCGUGGUCGUCCUGCUCAGUGACCUGUGGAGAAGGACAGAUCACCAGGAUACGACACUGCAACGCUCCCGUGCCACAACUGGGGGGUAAAGACUGCGAGGGGAGUGGGAGAGAGACUCAGCGCUGCACUGCCAAGCCCUGUCCCAUUGACGGCGGUUGGGGUCCUUGGUCUCCAUGGGCAACCUGUUCAGCAACAUGUGGAGGGGGAGCCAAAAGUCGGUCGCGUGAGUGCAACAGCCCUCAACCUCAGUAUGGUGGCAGGAACUGUAUCGGGGAGGCAAACGACAGUGACAGCUGCAACAAAAAAGACUGUCCUAUUGAUGGCUGUCUGUCUAAUCCGUGCUUUGGGGGAGUGGAUUGCAACAGCUCUCCAGAUGGAUCCUGGGAGUGUGGCCCAUGUCCUGCUGGUUUCCGUGGAAAUGGCACAAACUGUGAAGACAUCAAUGAGUGUGACAUGGUGUCAGAUGUUUGCUACAAAGUGAGUGGAGUGCAGCGCUGCGUCAACACCAAUCCAGGUUUCCACUGCCUGCCCUGUCCGAAGCGCUACAAGGGCACCCAGCCUUUCGGUAUGGGUGUGGAAGCUGCCAAGAAGACCAAACAGGUGUGUGAGCCAGAGAACCCAUGCAAGGACAAGACUCACACCUGUCACAAAUAUGCCGAAUGUAUCUACAUCAGCCACUUCAGUGACCCUAUGUACAAGUGUGAGUGCAGGACCGGUUACGCUGGAGAUGGCUACAUUUGCGGAGAAGACUCAGACUUGGAUGGCUGGCCCAAUCAGAACCUUGUGUGUGGUGCCAACGCCACUUAUCACUGCAAAAAGGAUAACUGCCCUAGCCUUCCCAACUCUGGACAAGAAGACUUUGACAAAGACGGUCAAGGAGAUGCUUGUGACAAGGAUGACGACAACGAUGGAAUACUAGAUGAGAGGGACAACUGUGCCCUCCUUUACAAUCCUCGCCAGUUUGACUUUGACAAGGAUGAAGUUGGCGACCGCUGCGACAACUGUCCCUAUGAACACAACCCUGCUCAAAUAGACACCGACCACAACGGAGAAGGGGACGCCUGCGCAGUGGACAUUGAUGGCGAUGAUAUUAUGAAUGAAAACGACAACUGUCCCUACGUGUACAACACUGAACAGAAGGACACGGACAUGGAUGGAGUUGGUGACCAGUGUGACAACUGUCCAUUGUUGCACAACCCCGACCAGACUGAUGUGGACAAUGACCUGGUUGGAGAUCAGUGUGACAAUAACCAGGACAUCGAUGAAGACGGCCAUCAGAACAACCUGGACAACUGCCCCUAUGUGGCCAACGCCAACCAGGCUGACCACGACAAGGAUGGCAAAGGAGACGCAUGUGACUAUGAUGAUGAUGAUGAUGGUAUACCUGACGACAGGGACAACUGCAGACUGACACCCAACGCAGACCAGGUGGACUCUGAUGCCGAUGGAAGAGGGGAUGCCUGCAAAGAUGACUUUGACAACGACAGUAUCCCAGAUAUUCUUGAUGUGUGUCCGGAGAACAGUGCCAUCAGUGUCACAGACUUCAGGAAGUUCCAGAUGGUCCAUUUGGAUCCUAAGGGAACCACUCAAAUUGAUCCCAACUGGGUGGUCAGACACCAGGGCAAAGAGCUGGUGCAGACUGCCAACUCUGACCCAGGCAUCGCAGUAGGUUUUGAUGAGUUCAGUGCUGUGGACUUCAGUGGGACGAUGUACGUGAACACGGACAGAGAUGAUGACUAUGCAGGCUUUGUGUUCGGCUACCAGUCGAGUGGGCGCUUUUAUGUAGUGAUGUGGAAGCAGAUCACACAGACUUACUGGGAGGACAAGCCCUCCAAGGCCUUUGGCAUCUCUGGCGUUUCACUCAAAGUCGUCAACUCGACCACUGGCACCGGAGAAAACCUCAGGAAUGCUUUGUGGCACACGGGCAACACUCCUGGACAGGUACGGACUCUGUGGCAUGACCCAAAAAACAUUGGUUGGAAGGAUUACACAGCUUACAGGUGGCAUCUCAUCCACAGACCAAAGACUGGUUUUAUAAGGGUUGUGGUCUAUGAAGGUAAACAGAUCAUGGCCGAUUCAGGGCCAGUUUACGACAAGACGUUUGCCGGAGGAAGGUUAGGCUUGUUCGUCUUCUCGCAAGAGCUGGUGUUCUUCUCCGACCUCAAGUAUGAGUGCAGAGAUGAGUCGGAUUUGCCAACAGUGUCCACAAGAUAACUGAAUCAAGUCUGAUAGAAAAAAACAUCAGAGGGCAAAAGACAAGAAUCUCUCAAAGUAAACAUCACGUCAUCGCUAAAUCCAUUUCAACCUAAAUGAGACUUUCCAUACUUCUCCAUGCUUUGCCUUGAUCCAUCCACUGGAGAGGAAACCAUGGCCCAUUUCAGUUUUCCUGUUGACUUAUAUCCAUUUCUCAAGCUGGGGAAGAGAAACUGAUGAGAGUAGACAAGUUUUUAAAAAGCAGAUUAUCUAAUUAUAACUAGUGUACUUGUGUCUACAUUUUAAAGGAUUCAUUGUACAACCACUUACAUGCUGUAUAUGCUUUCCUACAGUUUCUUGUAACUUGUAAGUGACUCGGUCGUUCUCUAUCUUUAAUAUGUUUUUGUCUGUUUGAGAUUACAGAUUAGUAAUUACUAGUAAUUACAGAUUACUAGAUAAAGUGUCUGACAAACAUAAAUUGUAAACAAAGCAUAAUCACUUAGCUGCCUCAAGUCCAUUACUAUUUCUCCUCAUUAUUUUCACCCUGAAUGUGUGUUUUUUUUCUAUGGAGAACGAUUUAAAUAAGCCAUUUUAGUAAAAUGCCAAAGAUGUUUAUACUAAGUCUGUAUUAUAAUUCCUUUUUGUAAAUUAUUUAUGCUCUGCUUGUUUUGUUUGUUUGCAUUUUUUGCUAGAGUUUGUAAAUAAUUAUUUAUUUGUUUACACUGACAAAACGCAUAAUUGAAUAUCACGAACGUCAAGAUAACACAUUAUAGUAUUGCAAGAUUUUUUAGUGUUGUCAUGAUGUAUUUCCUUUACUUGUUAGUUUUUCAAAUCUUUCACAUAAACUGCAGCGUAAAGCUGUGGAGAGGAUAAACAUCUGCAGCCUUUAAGUAAUCACAUACAUAAACACAGCACGUGUUUAUGUAUGUGAUAGUAGCUGCCAGAGGAAGGUAAUUCUGGUAGUAUGUGUACGUUACAAAAAGCCACUGUUUAUUUUCUUAGCUGUCCACACAGGGCCUCAUUGUCCUCAAAGUGAUAUAUCACUUUGGUACACGUGGAACAUUUUUCAGUGCUCAUACUCUACGUCUAUAGGAGCUUAUAAAUGAUCCAUCACUAAAAUUGGCUGCAAAUUGGGCUACUGGCACUGUAGCACGCACCCUUUCCUUGCAUGAUAUUGAAACACUUUUUUAUCCUUACAACAAAAAACGAAAGUAGAUAAAGGUUUUAGCAUCAGUUUUAAAGGUAGUUAAAUAGAAUUGCAGUUUAAGUGGCUGAUUUCUAGUAGAUCUGAUGUUGUGUACCAAGCACCAAGACACAUAUCACAUCAAUAACUGAGAGUCUGAGGUUCAGAAGUCAGUAAUUGUGUGUGAUGGAGUCGCGAAGAUCAAAUACAGUGAAAAUAUUUUAUACAAAUUACUUUUUCAUUCAUAUGUUAGUCACAAGUAUCACUUAUGGAUGUUGUGAAACUUGACAGUGUUGGUUGAAACUGAAUCCAGAUGAAGGUCUCUAAAGACAAAGUGUGACUGUGUGACUGUGUAGUGUGGAUCGAGGACGUGUUAGUGUGCAACCUUGUUGUCGUUAGUCUGUAUAGCAGCCGUGUUCUUCCGGGUUUGGGUUCCAUCUUGUUAAUUUUGUUGAGAGUUUGCAAUGCACAAAAUGUAAAUUUGUUUUGUAUUCUUGUGUUGUUAGAUAUACAUUUUCUACAAAUAUUAGUGUAAGAUUGUUCUGUUUCAUAAAUAAAUCUCUUGUACACAA